UCCGGGUUGGCUGAUGGUGUGAGGUCGGAGGCGAGGUCACGCUGUCUCUGAUCCAGAGGAGGACCACUGCAGGGAGACCCCAUGCCUCAGGCAACGAUAACAAACAGCCAGCAACCAGCUGGGGCUUCUCUGAACAUCACUCGUCUCAGGACCCCUGCGGACCCCCGAGGCCUCCUGCUGACCCCCGAGGGCCCCCGAGGGCCCCUGAGGACCCCGAGGACCCUGAGGACCCUUGUAGUCUCGUCUCCGGGUCCAGGCGAGGCUGCCGGACUGCCUGGCACCAGCCUCUGGCGCUGGGGAGAUCUAUCUCCAAGAUAUGAGCGGGAGAAACUCCACCCAAGAGGCCUUGUACACACACACACACACACACACACACACACACACACACACACACACACAGGACCAACCUAUUACAUCCGCUGAGCUAAGCAUUCCCACAACGACACAAACAUCCCAGGACAGAAAUGCUCCUCUACCUCUUAAGUGCUGCCGUCUCUAGAGUUUAAUAACAUCUAAAUAUCUCCUUUCAUUAAUACCCAAAUAUAGAAGUCUGUGCUGCAUGUGUUAAAGCUGCAUUCUCUCUCCUGACCACCAGGGGACGACUCCUCUGGUUGUAUAGAAGUCUAUGCUUCAUGUGUUAAAUCUUCAUUCUCUCUCCUGACCACCAGGGGGCGACUCCUCUGGUUGUAUAGAAGUCUAUGCUUCAUGUGUUAAAGCUGCAUUCUCUCUCCUGACCACCAGGGGGCGACUCCUCUGGUUGUGUAGAAGUCUAUGCUUCAUGUGUUAAAGCUGCAUUCUCUCUCCUGACCAGCAGGGGGCGACUCCUCUGGUUGUGUAGAAGUCUAUGUUUCAUGUGUUAAAGCUGCAUUCUCUCUCCUGACCACCAGGGGGCGACUCCUCUGGUUGUAUAGAAGUCUCUGCUUCAUGUGUUAAAGCUGCAUUCUCUCUCCUGACUCCUUCCUAUAAUCGGUGGUUCACAGCCUUAAUUGAGCUUCUGCAAGGAAACAAACAUAAAAUAAUCUCGUGAUGUAAACUCAAAGUCCAGACGGCAUUGUGUGUCACCGUGUUGCCUUCAGGCUCCACCUCAGCGUGAGUUAUUACUUCUCUUUGUGUUUCCCUCUCCGUCUCCUGAAGUGCUCGGCUGGGUCAAAGUUCAGCCUCCGGCUCCCACCGCUAACGUUGCUCAUCGCUGCCCCCUGCUGGCCGCCGGUGGUCUCAACUCACUGCGCCGCAACAGAAGUGAGCCACACAGAUAUGAUGCAAGAUGACAUGUCAAGACUCACACACACACACACACACACACACACACACACACACACACGCCUGCACACCGCUGUCAUGCUUUGUCAUGAAUCAAAAGGAGAUUAUGACCCAGAGGCAGAUUAUCGUCUCUGACACACACUGUGGGGUGUGUGUGUGUGUGUGGAGGGGGAGGGGGGGCAAUGUAAUCUGCCGAGAUUACAGUUUGGGACAAACGAGUGACUUUUCUAGCCACUCUUUCGGCGGCCUCUUUUAGCCAGAUGGCGUCCUCCGUCAAUCCCCACUAACAAUCAAGAUUAAGAUUACACACACACACACACACACGCACAUGCACUCAAAUACGUCACACACACAUUAAUUAAUGUCCAUCUGCUAGCGGAUGAUAUAACGCAGGCUGUCGCGGUUACAACCAGAGUUUAAGUUAUUAAAAGGGGAGCCGUGGUGGAUCGCUGGAAUUCAGGGUUGGAGGAGCGACGGCGCGGAUUAAAGUAUUUUUACCGCAAAGCCACGUAUCCACGGCGCUCCUGUGAAACGGAGGGGCGAGAGGCAGAAGCCAGGGAGGGAGCUUUAAGUGGACACGGGGGAGAGAGGCUGCUCCAGUGUCUCUCGUCCGGUCGUAGCCGUCGAUAACCUUCGCUUGUUCUUCGGGGCCUUCGGGGGCCGCCCGGCAUGAGGCGGGCGCCAUGGGCUUUCUGGAAAACUACCAGGAGAUCGACCCCGUCACCCUGAACCUCUGCAUCCUCAUCGCCAGCUACGUCAUCCUGCUCCUCGUCUUCCUGAUAUCGUGCAUCAUGUACGACUGCCGGGGCAAAGACCCCACCAAGGAGUACGCCCCGGACCCCCUGCCCACGCCGUCCCCCGUCCGGCUGGUGGUGAUGCAGAGCUCCCCGGCGCCGAAGGGCCGGUGGGACGCGGCCAACAUGGUCGCGACCUACCACGAGCCCGCGCACCCGGAGAAGAAGAGCACGAUGGUCUGAGCG